UUUUUGGUCUCACUGUGGUUUAUGCUGCUCUGAUCAUGUAUGAUGCACAGGGUGUGAGGAGAGAAGUUGGGAAGCAUGCGAGAGUGUUGAACAAACUAACGGCUAAUGCUCGGAGAGGUGAAGAGAUGAGUUUAAAGGGGAAGGAAGGUGAGACUUUGGAGUCAGAUGAGAUCAGUGAGGAAGUGAAACUUCCAUUGAAAGAAUCAAUAGGACAUACUGAAGUUGAAGUCAUUGCAGGAGCUUUGUUCGGUUUCUUAGUUAGCUUUGGUGUUUAUUCCCUUAUGUAAAAGCUACCAACUUUAUAUGUGGGGCUGUUAAGAAAGAAGGAGAGUUUGAUUAUUAUUGUAAAACUUAAGAGAAUCAGUUGAAAUGUCAAAUCAGUUUUGUGGA